AGCUGUCUGGCACUGAUGCCUCCUCCUUCCUCUGCCCUCCAGGUGCGACAGAAGAUGCUCUAUGCUGCCACCCGUGCCACCCUGAAGAACGAGUUUGGAGGCGGGCACAUUAAAGACGAGAUCUCCGCGACUCAGCGGGAGGACAUCACUCUGAGCGGUUACCAGAAACACUUGGCAUCGGAGUCAGCCCCUGCCCCGCUCACAGCCGCUGAGCAGGAACUGCAACAGCUCAAGAUCACCGAGAUGAACACUGAGGUGAGCGUGGACACCAAACAGCCAACGCUGCAGGGCGUCUCGUUUCCUGUUGACGAAGACGCCGUCCGUGCCUUGCGACAACUCCAGCGGAAGGAUUGCUCCUACGUCCAGCUGGUGACGAUGAGCUUUGUCCAACACCGGCACGUCCACGGCGUGACUCCCAACGGGGUCAGCGCAGAGGCGGUUGCGGGUGACGGACGGGCAGACUAG